AUGGGGGAGUGGACCAUCCUGGAGCGCCUCCUGGAGGCUGCCGUCCAGCAGCAUUCCACCAUGAUCGGAAGGAUUCUUCUGACCGUGGUGGUGAUCUUUCGGAUUCUGAUCGUGGCCAUCGUUGGCGAGACGGUGUACGAGGACGAGCAGACCAUGUUUAUCUGCAACACCCUGCAGCCGGGCUGCAACCAGGCCUGCUACGACAAGGCCUUCCCCAUCUCCCACAUCCGCUACUGGGUCUUCCAGAUCAUUCUGGUGUGUACGCCCAGCCUGUGCUUCAUCACCUACUCUGUGCACCAGUCGGCCAAGCAGCGUGACAGACGCUACUCCUUCCUCUACCCCCUGCUGGAGCGUUCGGAUUACGGGCAAAGCGGCACCAGGAAGCUUCGUAACAUCAAUGGCAUCCUGGUGCACCACGGCGACGGUGGCGGGAAGGACGAGCAUGACUGCAUGGAGGUGAAGGAGAUCCCCAAUGUGCCGCGGGGGCUCACACAUGGCAAGAAGUCCAAGCAGCGCCAGCAGGAGGGCAUCUCGCGCUUCUACAUUAUCCAGGUGGUGUUCCGUAACGCACUGGAGAUCGGCUUUCUGGUGGGACAGUACUUCCUAUACGGCUUCAGCGUGCCGGGCAUCUUCGAGUGCGACCGUUACCCCUGCUUGAAGGAGGUGGAGUGCUACGUGUCACGGCCCACCGAGAAAACGGUCUUCCUGGUCUUCAUGUUCGCCGUGAGCGGCAUCUGCGUGCUGCUCAACCUGGCAGAGCUCAACCACCUGGGCUGGAAGAAAAUCAAGGCAGCCAUCCGGGGCGUGCAGGCCCGCCGGAAGUCCAUCUGCGAGAUCCGCAAGAAGGACAUGUCUCACCUGUCACAGCCCCCCAACAUGGGCAGGACCCAGUCCAGCGAGUCCGCCUACGUCUGA